GCCAGGCACGCAAGUCGCUUCAGUCAGCGCUUCAGCAGCAGCAGCAGCAUUAACAGCAGCAGUUAAAGUCACCGUUCAAGUCGUGUCGUGUGACAAGCUUUAUCAGCAGCUUACCCGUUACUUUUGGCUCGUGUUUCGCAAGCGUCGCUUCGAAACGGCGAAUAUUGUUUAAAGUCGCGCAUCGCCAUUUUUUAAACGCUUUUGUGCUUUUUAUGUUGCAUAUUUAAAUUUACAUUUCUUGCGCAUUUUCUUUUCUGUGCUCUAUACGCGUUCUUUUUUUGGCAACUAUUUCCCGCGCGUUAACGACGAUAAGAUUGAGAACAAGAGCUUCAAAAGUACAAUAAAUUAAUACAGGACAUUGUGUACACAAAGGUUUCGCGUCUACAAAGCGUAAAUAUAUAUAAAAUCAAUUAACUGCGAGUAAAGGCAACACUUGAAUCCAGCUCAACACAACAAGCUUUUGUUGAGGCAGACGUUUGCCAUUUAGACGCCCGAAUGAGUAACAGCGCGAUGGUGGCCGUGGCCAUUUGCUGCAUCUUGGUGCUGCUGGCGGUAUUCAUUGUGAUCAUAAUAGUGGUUGGGCAGCAGUUCGAGGAGCCCAAGUGAGACAUGCUCCAGCUGGGACCUGGCAACUUCCCAGAUGGAUAACAGAGAGCUCCAAAUUGUUAGUUGCGGUCAACACAAUUGCCGGGGCAGAUACCAGCGCCAACCACAACAACAAUACCAAGAACAACAGGAUGAAGAUGAAGUUGAAUCAGUUUACCGCCGUCGCCGAUCGAUGUCACUAUUAUCACACGAAUCACACCUAGAAUCCAAUGUCACUCAACAUAAGCAGAGUGGGCAAGAUCUCGAUACAGAAAGAGAAAGAGAGAGAGAGAGAGAGCGACAGCGUUAUUUAAUGAAAGAGAAGGCAUCCCAUCGUCAGUACCGAUUGGCUGUGAUGUGAAAUUAUUAGAAAUAUGUGGAAUACAAAUUUAAAACAAAAUUUUGAUCAUUCCUCAUGCCGAAACACAUCUAUAAGUAGCUGUUAACCUUGUGUGUCUGUUAAAUGUUAUUAUGAACAAGCAAGAAUAUAAACCCUAUAUACCCAUAUACAUUAUAUAUAUAUAUAUAUAGAUAUAUAUAUACUAAUGUGUAACCCAACCGUCGUAACAUCGCGAUUUUAUACAAGUGUUGUUAGCAAAUUUUUAUUGAUGUUUUAUUGAUGUUGCAUACAACUUAUAUACACAUAGACACACGCACACACACACACACGCACACACACAAGCAAAAUAAGCAACUAAGCGAAAUAAAUUUACAUCAACAUUAACGUCUCAAUUGACAACAAAGCCAAAGUCCAAGCACGCAACAUAAGGCCAGGCUGUUUAAAACGGCAGCGCGGUUUAAAACGCGUGCGAUUUCGACGCCCCACAGACGAAGACGCUGGAAAAUACGCUAGCAGAAAAAGGAACGGAUAUUGCAAACAAAAAGAGCUCAAGAAGUCGGCUAAGGCCUGACGUUGCUCUCGGAAGCUCGGAAUAAAAGAAGAUUGACAUAUUUUUGUGAAACGAAUAUGGGUAUCUAAGCAUCGCACUUGUUAAAAGCUGCAAAAAGAUACGGAAUAAGGAAUGCAGAUCAGAAAUCAAGCUGUUGGCCUAGUUCUAGUAAAUGAUAUGCAUUUUAUAUAUCAAAUAACUUUUGGAUAAGUUUUAUGUGUGUGUUAAAACUCAAAUAUAUAUAUAUAAAUUUACAUGUGUGUAUGCAUUAUAAUAUAAAUACAGAAUACAUAUGGUUACAUGUACGUAAUUACUUAGCUUUCUAUGUGUACUACAAAGUUAUGAAACAAAGAGUUACAAACCAAUGAGAUUAUGUCUAUAACCGAUUCAAUACGAUAAUUCAAGUCAAAUAACAUUAAACAAUGAAAAGUUGAUUUAAUAAAUUCAAAUUAAAUACAUU